UUUCGCAUGCAAACCUCAAGAGGUAUUUGGGCUGCGAGUGUCAGACCGGGAUAACCAAUGACUCAAUCUGAAAUGGAAGGGGGCGACCAGUAUUUACAAUCAAGGUUUAGAGGUGCUGGACUAUUGGUUUUUGGGCAGGCUACAAAAAUUACUGCUCAACGCUCAUCAGCCAAUACCGACGUGACUGGCUUUGUUUGAACUUUGGCUUCGAGCCGCCUCGUCAACGUAGAUAAGGUUGAUUGGAUAGACACAAACGACAUGAAGGCCUCCAGCA